AAAAAAAAUCGGUUGAGUAAACUUUAUAUGCAGACGUCACUUGGUUUUUCAAAGUCUUGUUAAAUAUCUCCAUAAAUUGCCUAUAUUAAAUAGUCAUUGUCAACCUCCCAUUCAGCACUUAUACUGUACAGAUCACGAUAUAAUGCCACAUCAGUUAAUAGACGAAAAUGUUCUCUCACUUAUUAUUGUGGGUCACUGCCCUGCAUAUGCCCCCCCCCCCUCCUUAAUAUAAUGUCAAAACCUUUCAUAAUUUAAGUUGACAUUUUCCCGACUGCUUGUAGAUAUCUGAAGGGGUAUAUGGACACACUCCCAUUUUGCAUAUUGCAUAAACAAGACAAUUUAUUUAGAUGGGAAAUAUAGAGAGCAAGAGGAGGAGAGCUCCGUACAGCCUCUUGGCGGAUUGAUUUACACCCCAUUGACGCUUUAUCAGGCUCGCGAAAAAAGUCUGACCAAUCACUUCGCUCGGAGCGAACACUACAGCAGCCCGGCUCUACUUCGUUGGCGAGCGAGUAGAGAGGAGUACCGUGAAGAGGGGAGUAAAGCACAUUUAUAUUGUACAUGUUUUCCCUUUAAUGAACAGUACGUUAUAUAAUGUCCGAGAAUGUCCAUUUCUGGAACUCUAAGCAACUACUAUGUCGAUUCUAUUAUAAGUCAUGAAGGAGAAGAUCCGAACGCGUCCCGCUUCUCCAAUGUACAAUACUCCAGUGCUAGACAACCGGGACCCGGCGAGCAUCCCGAGUUCCCCUCUUGUAGCUUCCAGCCCAAGCCUCCAGUGUUCAGUUCGUCAUGGAGUCCAUUCAGUUCCCACGCGUCCAGUGGCUUACCAGCGGUCUACCAUCCGUACAUACCGACGCAGCCAGUGCCUUCAACGGAUACUCGAUACCUCCGCACAUGGCUCGACUGCGCUCCGAGAGCAGAACCUCUGCCCGGUCAGGGACAGGUCAAGAUGGAGCCGCUCCUGGGACAUCUCGGGGAACCACCGAAACUAGUCGGGCAGCAUGAGUACAUCUUGGAGUCUUCUACAGCACGGGAGAUGAAUUCUGCUCACAGCGCUGGGUUUGAAGACAAUAAGGACAUAUGCGAAGCUAGCGAGGACAAAGAGGGACCGGAUCAAAACGACCCAUCUGCCAACUGGUUACACGCUCGAUCAUCCCGGAAGAAGCGAUGUCCAUACACGAAAUAUCAGACCUUGGAGCUAGAGAAGGAAUUUCUGUUCAAUAUGUACCUCACCCGAGACCGGAGACACGAGGUAGCUCGCCUGCUGAACUUGACAGAGCGACAAGUCAAAAUAUGGUUCCAGAACAGAAGGAUGAAAAUGAAGAAAAUGAAUAAGGACCAGCCCAAAGAAUAAUAACGCAGACUGGUGCGAGGCGUUCAAGCCGUUUACUAAAAGUAUUUUAAAUCUGGAAGCUCAUGCAAGAAUGUGUUGCUGCGUCAAAAAGAAAACGCACACGCGCAUCCACACACCAUUUUCCAUAUAGGACUGGACAGCGUUAAACAUAUAGAGUACAAGGAAGAAGUGAGAUGAUGCAGAGGAAGGGGAAAACGUCUUGCCAUCUCUCUCUUCUUUUAUUGCAUUUUAUGACUUGUGUGAAAGAAACACUUCACCAGGAAAU